AUGGAAGAACUUCUUCUCCGCGAUCAAAGCUGUCUACGGUCCGCCGACGAAGGGCACUGCUCCUCUCCUCAGCGCCGACGGCAGCACUCUCCUGACUGAGAAGACGCAAAUCCUACAGCGAUGGGCCGAGCACUUCCGGGGCGUCCUCAACCGCCCUUCCGUCAUCUCCGACGCCGCCAUCGCCCGCUUGCCGCAAGUGGAGACCAACGUGGACCUCGACCUCCCGCCAUCUCUCCAGGAGACCAUCAGGGCCGUGCAGCAACUCUCCAGCGGGAAAGCACCCGGAUCGGACGCAAUCCCUGCUGAGGUCUACAAGCACGGAGGUCCCCUACUGAUGGAUCACCUGACUGCGCUCUUCCAGGAGAUGUGGCGUCAAGGUGAAGUCCCGCAAGAUUUCAAGGACGCAACUAUCGUGCAUCUCUACAAGCGCAAAGGGAAUCGCCAAGUCUGCGACAACCACCGCGGCAUCUCCCUACUGAACAUCGCCGGGAAGAUCUUCGCUCGCAUCCUGCUCAACCGCCUCAACAACCAUCUGGAACAGGGCCUUCUGCCGGAAAGCCAAUGCGGCUUCCGUCGUCAUCGUGGGACCACGGAUAUGAUCUUCGCAGUCCGCCAACUUCAGGAGAAGUGUCAGGAGAUGCGGACCCACCUGUACUCUACCUUCGUGGACCUGACGAAAGCCUUCGACACGGUGAAUCGUGAAGGACUGUGGAAGAUCAUGCAGAAAUUCGGCUGUCCGGAGCGAUUCACUCAGAUGGUGCGUCAGCUGCACGACGGUAUGAUGGUGCGAGUCACGGACAACGGAGCUGUCUCAGAGGCAUUCGCAGUGACCAAUGGGGUGAAGCAGGGCUGCGUACUGGCGCCUACCCUCUUCAGUCAUAUGUUCACGAGCUUCUCUUCGCCGAUGACUGCGCCCUGAACACCACCUCGGAAGAGGAGAUGCAACGGAGCAUGGACCUAUUCUCCGCCGCCUGCGAGAACUUCGGUCUGGUCAUUAACACGCAGAAGACGGUGGUGAUGCACCAACCGCCGCCCAACUCAGCCACAGCCCCCAACGCGCCGCACAUCAACGUGAAUGGGACCCAACUGCAAGUGGUGUAGAACUUCCCGUAUCUGGGCAGUACCCUCUCCCGCAACACCAAGAUUGAUGACGAAGUCGCCAACAGGAUCUCGAAAGCCAGUCAAGCCUUCGGACGCCUCCGAAGCACAGUCUGGAAUCGCCACGGUCUCCAACUGAGCACAAAGCUGAAGAUGUACAGGGCCGUCAUCCUGCCGACGUUACUGUACGGAGCAGAGACAUGGACGGUGUACACGAUACAGGCACGCCGACUGAACCACUUCCACCUCAGUUGUCUCCGUCGCAUCCUGAGGCUGAACUGGCAGGAUCGAAUCCCCGACACGGAAGUACUGAUACGAACGGGAAUCCCCAGCCUCUACGCCAUACUGAAACAAAUGCAGCUGCGCUGGAGCGGCCACCUGGUGCGCAUGGACGACGAGCGACUACCCAAACGACUCUUCUACGGAGACGUCGCGACGGGUUCUCGUCGUCAAGGAGGCCAAAUUCGCCGUUACAAGGAUACUCUGAAGUCCUCCCUGAAGCGCCUGCAAAUCAACCCGACCAAAUGGGAAGAUCUCGCCCGCGAUCGUCCGACAUGGAGGAGAACAGUAAAGACGGGCGCUGCUAUCUAUGAAGCCAACCGAAUCGCCGCCGCCAAAGUGAAACGCGAAGCCCGCAAAUCACAACUUCGCCCAGUCCGCAACGCCGCCGCACAACCUCCCCCUACGUGUCCUCGAUGUCAACGGACAUUCCGGGCACGAAUCGGACUUGUUGGACAUCUUCGAAUCAACUGUGCCUCUCGAACUGCUCCAGCCAUCGUCCCGCCGCCCGCCUCUUCCUCAUCCUCUCUGCCACCAACUAACUGAUAACUCUUCUGAACCACCACUUCCAUCCUCCUCCUCCUCCUCCUCCUCCACUGCCCCAGCGGCGGCCGUUCAGGCUGCCGUCUCACACAUCACCAACCCCGACACAACAAUCGACACCACCCCCACCUCUCCCGAUUCCAGUGAUGAGGGUCAGGACUACACCUGCCCUCACUGCGACCGCACCUUCCCCUCUCACAUCGGCCUGGUCGGUCACUUGCGAAUCCAUCGCACAGAGACUGGUGAACCAGUGCCUGGAGCACCAACCUACAGCCACCGCACUCGCCUCCACUGCCCUCGCACAUUCACGCAUCGCAUGGGUCUAUUCGGUCACAUGCGCAUCCACGAGAGCGGAAUUGACCGCCGCCUUGACACACCCACCCCGCCGAGACCCACUCCCAAUCCACCACCUUGUGCACCCACCAACCACUCCCCAGCCGACAUCGACGCCACUGACCUUACCACCCCUCACUCCUCCCCUUCCUCCCUCACUGCCACAACGACGGCCGCUUCGGCGUCUGUAGCGCAUGACUUCACCACAGCCGAACCUGACACAACAACAGGCACAACCCCUGCAACCUCCAUCAUCAGACGUGAGGGCCAGGACUACAUCUGCCCUCACUGCGAUCGCACCUCCACUUCACGCAUCGGCCUGGUCGGUCACUUGCGAAUCCAUCGCACAGAGACCGGCGAACCAGUGCCUGGAGCACCAACCUACACCCACCGCAUUUGCCUCCACUGCCCACACUGCCCUCGCACCUUCACGCAUCGCAUGGGUCUAUUCGGCCACAUGCGCAUCCACGACGACCUGCGGUAG